AUGAGCGGUUACGAUAACGAUGACGUACCAAUCUUAAACAUUCCAUGCAGUGAAAGAAUAAUAAAAUUAAGUGAACUAUUUUACAAUGCUUUCGGUUGUGAGCCAUCAUAUUUUGUUCGUGUACCCGGCCGUGUUAAUAUAAUUGGAGAACAUAUUGAUUACUGUGGCUAUCCGGUGUUGCCUAUGGCUUUGGAACAGGAUAUACUAAUGGCGGUUAAUGUUAUAGAAGAAUCAAAACUUUAUCUGCGUAAUGCAGAUACAAAAUAUAAAGGUGUUGACAUGAGUAUAAAUGCUUAUGAAGAAUUUAAUAUCACUCCAGAUUCGAGCGGUAAACCAUAUUGGUACAAUUACAUUCUUUGUGGAAUCAAGGGCGCAAUGGAACAUUUAAAUAACAGUUCAUGUAAGGGACUCCAGUUGUACGUUGAUGGUAAUAUUCCACCAGCUUCGGGCUUAUCCAGUUCCUCCGCACUUGUAAGUGCAGCCUGUCUAUCCUAUCUCUACGCUCAUAAAGGCACAUUAAAUAAGACAGCAAUUGCUUCCUUAUGUGCCAAAAGUGAACGAUACAUCGGAACACAAGGCGGAGGAAUGGAUCAAGCUAUAGCAUUCCUUGCUAAAAAAUACAGUGCUCAAUAUAUAACGUUUCAACCAUUAAAUGCUACACCCGUCGCUUUACCUGAAGACGCCACGUUUGUUGUAGCACAUAGUUUAGCUGAAGCCAAUAAAGCUGCUACUAAUGACUUUAAUAGAAGAGUUAUAGAAUGCAGGCUGGCAGCUAAGAUUUUAGCUACUUUGUCAGGUGUUAUCAGCGAGGAAAAAGUCAUCACUCUAAGUCAACUUCAGAAAAUACUUAAUAACAGUUUAAACGAAAUGAGAGAAUUAGUUCUUAAAUACAUACCAAAAGAUAUUUAUACUAAAGCUGAAAUCUGCAAAAUUUUAAAAAUUAACGAAACUGAUUUAGACGAAUCGUUUUUAACUAAUAAUACGAAACACUUGACUGAAUUCAAACUAAAACAAAGAGCUCUGCAUGUAUAUGAAGAAGCUCAGAGGGUCGAAGAUUUUCGAAAGAUAUGUACGUAUUCUAAAUUAGAAUCUGCAACGACGAAUGGUGCAAUAAACGGCGGAACAACUGGUCUCGCUAAUAACGACAGUGGUGAAAUACUGACUGCUCUUGGGAAUUUAAUGUCGAAAAGUCAUGAGAGCUUGAGAACUCUUUAUGAGUGUUCUCAUGCAAACUUAGAUGAACUCGUCAAUAUUUCUCGCACAGUGAAUAUUCAUUCCCGGUUGACAGGAGCAGGUUGGGGAGGAUGUAUUGUCGCUUUAUGCCCAAAAGAAAUGGUAGAGAAAUAUAUAGAUACAUUAAAAGAGGAAUUUUAUGUCAAAUAUUGUAAUUUAGAAAAAAGGAAUGCAGACUCCUACAUUUUUGCAACAACACCUAACUACGGUGCUUUAAUAUAUAAAAAUUUGGUCAUUUAA